UUACACAGCAGCACAGAAAUCUAGCUCCAAAGUUUGUGAAAAUGCCCUGGACACCUGCUCUUCCAGCUGCGUUUCUGCUCUUCCUGCUUUUCCAGGUUACCCCAGCCCAGAAAGAUAUUACACAGAAGCCAGCUGUUCUCCUGGUUAAUGAAGGAGAGUCGGUCAAUAUAACCUGUUCCAAUCGUACCAAGGGGAUGCUAGUAGGGAUGUAUUUGAAAAGAGAAGUUUUAAAUGCCAUGGAAGUGCUAUACAUCACAAAUAAUUGUAAUAGCCUAACCGUCAACGUUCGCUACAAAGACCGCAUCACUAUCUCCUGUCUCCAGACAGAAGUGAGGAUAACGCUGCACCAGUUGCAGAAAAAUGACACUGCUCUAUAUGUCUGUAGAGGGAGCAUUCUAGAAAAUUACGAGCCCAAUUGUGUGUCGAGCCAAGGCACCAUAUUGGUGGUGAAAGGAAUGGAGCAGGCAGAGUGCCACAUGGCUUCCUGGGUGCCCUAUGUCCUUUCCUUCAUGGUUUUGAUCUCGGUUUCUGUGCUGGGAUACCUCAUUCUGUCUCACAUAGAUAUCAAGAAACACUGCCAAGAAGGAAAGAAAAAGCAAUCAAAUACGGUGUACGAAGACAUGUCCUACACCCUUAGGCUCAACACCAUGGCCACAGGCAACGCUUAUAACAAUUGUUAGCAAGCUCUUGCCAGCUGAGGCAGUGUGGACAUCAGCAGCUCCUUCUCCAUGUGCUCCUUGAGCUAGAAAGGCUGACGUCUGACAAUCAUUCCCUUUAGUGAAAAGAAAAAAAUACGUGCCUCGUGUCCUGUGCAAUAUUUCUGCUUAUUGCACUCAGUUGUGAUGACCACUUUGCAGGGGUGGGGGGCAGGGAGGUUACUUACAGAAAAUGUAGAGAAAUGAAUGAAUCCCUGAACGUGUGAGUGUGUGUUGGGGAAGACGGCAUUAGAUGCUGCGGUGUAUAGUCGACUUGAUGCAACACCUGCUCUUGCUCUGCCCAUUAGUGAUGUUCACCCCCCUCCAAUGAAGCAUGUGAGAGAAGUUGUGUUGGGAGCAUGGGGAGACACUCAGGCCCAGAUCCACAAAGGGACUUAGGUACCUCAACCCACACAGGCACCUCUAAGUCCCCUUUUAGGUGCCACUGAAAUCCACAAAACCUCCACUCAGCUUCCACCUAACCCUGUAGGUGCCUAAAUGAGCUCAGCCCCUAAUUUUGCAGCAAAAGUUCCCUUGGCACUUAAGUUCCUCUGGGCAAGAGUGCACCUGCCUCCCUCUUGGUGUCUGGCCACCUAAGCCCCAGAGCAAUCCAAGAACCAAGGGAAGAUAGGUGCUCCCCCACCUAUCUUGCCUGCGGGGCCUGAUCCAAUAGGCAUGCUCACACCUUACCUGCUGGAUUGGGUCUCACUGAAACGCUGGCUGGAGGAAAGUGGUGGUGCUGCUGCUGCUGCUGCCUGCUUUAUAAUGUUCAGCCCAGUGGUUAGCUCACUUUACUGGUAUGUGGGCCAUCUUGGUUCAGUCCCACUCUUUGCUCAAAGUGGAGAAAGGAUUUGAACAGAGAUCUCUCACAUGAGUGCUUGGACUACUGAGUUAUGGGAUAUGCUGAUGCAGGGCUCCCGCCAUCUCUCCUGUGAAACCUGUUCUACUUUGAACAAAUAGCCCUUGGGAGAGAAAAUGGCUCUGUAGAUGGAUAUUUAGAGCACUCAGUUCCCCUGCUCCAGUGAUUCUAACUAGUUACCCACCAUGUAAGAGCUUCAACAGGAGAGAGUCCUACAGCAGACUUCUCCUAUGGCUUAGUGGUUAGCGCACUUUUCUACAUGCUGGGUGACCACUGUUCAAAUCCUUUCUCUCCUCAGGCAGAGUGUGGGGGAAUUGAACCUGGCUUCUCCCAUGCCACAGCUAAGUACUCUGACGUUAUGAGGUAGGUACUGCCCAUGACUAUUUUGCACGUGCUGAGACAGGUGCCCAACUCAUUCUCCCAAGAAACAACGUAGGGACCUAAGCUGCCUGACUCCAGGCGGCUGGUUCCCAUUCAUGGAUCACUAGCAGAGAUAGCAGCCUGGCUCCCUACCUAGCAUACUAGCUUUUGGGGAGCUCAUUCUAAGGUGCCUUUCUCUCCCUAUGUAUUGUAGAGGGAGCUUAGACGCAGGGGCGGCUCCAGACCCCAG